AUGUCGGACCUCUCAGACACGUGCAACGGAACAAGCUACAAUACUUCCACUCACAUCUGCUGUUUUGACACUCUGAGUCCUCUGCCAAACGUCACGUCCGGCGUCUCUUGGAAUUUGCUGGGAUGCUGUGGCACCGAGCCGUACGUUGGAACUCUCCAGCUGUGCUGUGGCCGAUCCCCUCCUGUUCUCCUCCCGCGCGCCAGUCCCACGCACUUCUGCUGCGGUGGCAGCAACACAUUCAACAGGCACACGGAGGUCUGUUGCCAGGACCAGGUCUUCAAGAAACCGGAUUUGUAUCAGUCGUACGGAUGCUGCGGCAACAAACUCAUGUCCUUCCGCACGGACCUGUGUUGCGGAAGCGAGCUUCUGCCCAAACCACGAACGAUGGGAAUCUACAGUUGCUGCGGCAACGCGCUGGUCGACACAAGACGUUCGCUCUGCUGCGACGGCGUGGUCCACUCUAGGCCGAUGUUUCGUCCGCAAGACUGGAUCUGUUGUGGCACUCAGAUCAUCAACAUCAAGUCACACGUGUGCUGCAACUCUGCCGUGCAGCUAAGGCCCGGAUGCUUCUCCGCGUGUUGCGGUUCGGUGUCGUUUGACCUUGAGAGCGAACAGUGUUGCGGAGGAAUUCUAAAUCCUCUGCCCAGUUACAACAGUAACAUGUUCUACUGCUGUGGGAAAAGGAAUUACGACGUCAACAAGCAAAUCUGUUGCGCUGGGAAUCUUUUGGAAUACAAGCCUGGAUCAGAGUGCUGCGGAAACGCUACCCAUAAUGUGUCCUCGCACAUUUGCUGUGGAGGUCUCGUUCAUCCGAGAAAACACGAGAUAUACACCACGUGUUGCCAUAACAAAGUGUAUGAUAUCAGAGACCAUGUAUGCUGUUGGCGGAACCUGAAACCAAGGCCGUUUGGCUCAAGCACUGGCUGUUGUGGGGAGGGCGUGUACAACAAAGACAGUCACGUGUGCUGCCAUAGAGUUGUCCGAACCAUUGAGGAUUUUAACAAUGGCCUGUGUUAG